UAGCCCGGUACUUUUGGCUAUACCCAUGCGCUAGGACCGUGGGGAAGUAGCCUAACCUGUGCGGCUGAGGAACAGUGUGCAUCUAUUCGCAUGUAACCACAACAGUGUUUGUCAUUGCACUGCAGAAGUGCAAGUUCAAGUGCGAGAGUCUCAGGAUAAGGAAGUGGAACUAACGCUUUAGCCAAGAAUUGCGAAAAGACAAUCUAUCAUUUAGGUUACAGAGAAUAAAUUAAACGCAAAGGACACGAUAUGGGGGGAUUCCAUUCGGUACCUCAAGAUCACAGAUACAGAGACCUUGCCGACAAGACUGGAUUUUCUCUCGAGCAAAUUGGGAACCUACACAAUCGUUUCAAACAGCUGAGCCACAAUGAAGACACACUUCGGAAAGAUGACUUCAACAAAAUCCCAGACCUGGCCUGCAAUCCCAUUCGAGCACAGAUUAUAGAAGCCUUCUUUGACAAAAGAAACUUUCAGUCCCAUGGUGGGGGAACUGUAGAGGAGAUUGGCUUUGAAGAGUUCAUUACGGUCAUGUCAUACUUCAGACCACCAUCGCUGAACAUGUCUGAGGAGCAGCGCGAGGAGCUGAGGAGAGUCAAACUCCGCUUUUUGUUCAACAUGCAUGACACUGACAACGAUGGAACCAUAACCCUGGAGGAAUACAGACAUGUAGUGGAGGAACUGCUCUCCCGAAGUGGAGCUCUCUGCAGAGAGACAGCCAAAGGAAUCGCAGACGCCGCCAUGCUGGAGGUGGCCAGCAUCUCGAUGGGUCACAUGGAGCCAGAUGAAUUCUAUGAGGGGAUCACAUUUGAGCAUUUUUUGACGAUCCUGAAGGGGAUUGAGAUUGAGAGCAGAAUGCACAUCCGAUUCUUAAACGUCGACACCACCGUCCUCUGCAAGUGAACACGGCCCUCCUCCCAUGACAGCAGCACGGAAGACUGUUACAUGAAGUACACUUUUUUGGGUGUACAGUAUAACAAUGCACACUAUAGACUGAAGUCAUCUUUCUCUGCAUUAUGCAAAUGUUUCAGAUAUGAUGAUGAUGAUGGUUUUGUUUCAGUGGAUAUGACCAAUAUUUUUUUUACAUAAUAAUAGUCUAGUAGAGGAGUACAAACUGGACGCAUUUUUAAAGAAACAGGGUGAUGUAAUCCAGUUCAACCAGAUUUAAAGUGUUCUAUAUAUUAUAUACUAUCUCUAUAUUAUGAUCUUGCCUUGCAUGUACAUUUAUAUUUAUAUUUAUACACGGAUUGCCUUAAUUUAGUAGCAGCAGCUGUUUUCAACGGGACCACAGUUCCAAGUCUUGGGGCACACUUAGUUUCAAACCUGUAUUUCCAUCUUUACCCAGCAGAGGGCACUGUUGGUCUUCAGAGAUACAACACCAAAUACCACAAGUGGGGUAAAAUUGAAUCCCCAUGAAAUGAACUCCUUUGCAAAAUGUUUGGAGAGACAGGCUAACAUAAAGCCAUGGCAGUGUGACAUCAAAAUAUUUUGACUGUGACUUUAAAAAGAUACUGUUGGAUGUCUUAAGAUAAGGUAGAUGUAAACACACAUGCAAGUCAUUAGCAGCACUGUACAGGAACAGCUGAAAAAACUACACCUAAAUCCAGUGUCAAUUGUAUUCUAGCCAAUUCUAUUCUUAUUGACUCCUCACUAACAGCAUCGCCAAAGAAUGACUGCAAGCUUCGAAAACUGUGACUGUGCCCAGUUAAUUACUUUUCUGCCUCUAAAAUAGGUAACAUUUAUAUAUGCAUGCUUGGCUAUGAUCUAUUAAAUAUGCUCAAGCAAUACCAAGUCAAUAGGUUACUUAUCUAUGCAACUACAUGUAGUAUGAGAGCUUGAGAUAUCGAAUAUUUCUGCUUGUCCACAUUCAUCUGAAUGUUGCUUAAACUAUCGAGUCAAGCUUACAAUGGAAAACUGAUACACAAAUAUCAUGUUUUAUACUAAUACUUCAGGAUAUCCUGUGAGGCACUUGGCUGACUGCCCCUUUGAUGACUGAUCCAUUGGACAGGGUGAAGACUGUAUUUCACACUUCCCUGAUUGUAUGCUAUGCCAAGUGAUAUUAAAUGCAAGGAAAUGUGA